CUACAAAACACGUGUCAACUAUCAGAGCGGCUGAUGGAUGCGUUACGUUACGUAAAGCUUGAGGUUUGUUUUUCAGUUUGUUGGUCAGAGGGCUAACGCUAAAAUGGUUCGUUCAUUCGGUCAAGAUCGAAAAAACAUUUCGAAAAUCAAACCGCUGAAGGGAAACGCCGUCGGACUCAACCUGCUCGGAAUGAGAACGAUACUGACUGACCAAUCUGCCUCAACGGUCAAGUCUGAGAGCAAAGCUGAACCUGUCAAACGAUGUUUUGAACAACCAUUCAAACGCUUCAGCUACGCUCUGCAGUCCACUUGGAGGAGUGACACAAGGAAACAUCUUGACAGUCCUUCUGUAGAUGUGUUGUCAAGUAAUGAGGAAAAGGAAACAAAAGAUGAGCUGGACACCCAAUAUGAAGAUGUUUUUUCGUUUGCUGACACAGACAUUUUCAUGGGUCAAAAGAAAUUCUCUUUUAAGAACCCUGAUCAGACAUCUCCAAAAAAACAGAUUCUGCGAAAAUAUCGAAUGAGAGAUGAGUUUGGAAACAUCAUCCGUCAUGUCAGAAUGAAAAAUCCAAGUGCCAAAAAGGCAGCGUUGCCAAAAAGCCCAAAUAGAUGUGUUGAACGGAGGCUGAACAGUCUUACGCUCAACAUCAAAUGUUUUAAAGUUGGAACGCUGACCAAGACUUUCAGAAGAUCUGACGCUUUGACCGCCCAGUGCACUUUUACAGUGGAUUACAUCGAGAUUGCAAAUAAAGGACGAAUAGAAGCAUCAGAUUUGAUUGGUUGCGAAUGGUGCAACGUGCAGAAGCUGCCCGCUGUGUUUUUACAGACGACACCUGAGACGUGCCUUCAUCUGCAGGUCCUGCUUGACAUGUUUGAAGAUGAUUCAAAAAUGUGGUGUGACUGCCAGAGCAGGAAUGAAUACGAGAAAUACGUUGUCCUUAUCUUUGAGAAUGAGCUCACACUCCCAGAGCAAAUCACACUUGAGGAAAUAUUCACAGAAAUGGGCAAGCGUAAUGAUAUCAGCUGUUUUCCAGCUAAGCUGUCAUUUAAAGAAGCCAGUAACAGACUGAAGACACAUCAGUGUGUACGAAAACAGGAGUAUGCUGCGCUUCACCCUGAAGAAGAUGAACUUCCUGUCAUGAGUCAGGGCUUUGUGUCAUUUUCGGCCUCUCCUGAUCCUCAUCGAUGUGAAAUUGCAGCCCUCAGUGUCUCAGACAGUGAUGAGGACGAUUUGAUAGAGCUUCCUUCGUCCCCCAGACAGGAUAUCAAAAAACUGGUCGUGUACCCACCUCCUCCAGCCAAAGGGGGUUUAACCAUCACAGAGGAGGACCUCAGCUGUCUUGAGGAAGGAGAAUUCCUAAACGAUGUGAUAAUAGACUUCUAUCUGAGGUAUUUGGUCAGCGGGCAGCAGGAAAAGGAGGAUGCCUCCAAGUACCAUGUGUUCAGCUCUUUCUUCUUCAAGCGCCUCACUCAGAAAGAUCAUAGAAGGCUUCCAGAAACUACAGGUUUAUCCAUUCAAGAGCGCCGGCACAGUCGGGUGAAAACGUGGACCAGAGGUGUCAACCUCUUUGAGAAGGACUUUAUAUUUGUCCCGAUUAAUCAGAUGGCUCACUGGUACCUGGCUGUCAUCUGUUUUCCUGGCAAGAUUUCACAGACCAGUGGUUUGGAUCUUAGCCUCAAUGGGCGAAGGUAUUCAGUGGAGUAUCUUUGCGAUCAAACUCCACCCAAUCCCAUGUCCCUCUUCUACUCUUCAGAAUCCUCAAAACAGCACUCCAGAUGGAGUCAAUCCAUAGGGAUAGACGACUUAGAUGAGAGUUUCUGCUUCCUUUCAGAUGAUGAGGCAGAGGAUGAUGUUCAGACUGUCAAGAACAGAUCUGUGCUUAACAGUGAAAAUGUGUCUACACAGCCAUGCAUACUCAUCAUGGACUCCCUCACCUGCAGCGGAAGAUCAUCAGUGGUGCAGAUGCUCCAAGAGUACUUACAAGAGGAAUGGAAGGUCAAAAUGGGCUCUGAACAGAGUUUUGGAAAUGGAACGAUGAAUGGAUGGAGCCCCCACGUCCCACAGCAGGAUAACUUUACAGACUGUGGCAUCUACCUUCUGCAGUAUGUGGAAAGCUUCCUCAAGGACCCACCUCAAACUUUCCAUUGCAACAUGGAUCUGAAGGCCUGGUUUUCACAGAGGACCAUCAAGAGGAAGAGGAAGCAAAUCAAACGGCUCAUUCUCAAACUUCACAGACAGCAAAAUGCAUAAUUUAAGGUCAUACGCUUCCUAUAGAUCAAUUAAUGUUACUACAACCUCAACACCUCCCUACAAGAUUUUUCAUGGAAGGUAAUUAAAUUAACAAAAAAUGCUUGCUUCAUUAAAUGAAUAAUAUUAAAAUUAAUAUAUUAUUUGCUUUGGUAAUGGAUGAUUUGUUUUUGAAAUUCAAUAAAAUAAUAGCUGUAAAUAGAAUCUAUCAAAAUAAAA